AUGGUCUAUUUAACCUAGCUCUUUCUAACACCCUUCAUAGCCUCCUCCUCAACCGACACCUCUGAUGAACUAACAGCUGUAAACAUCUCGGUCUUCUUUUAGGGUUUGUUUCCAAUGAGGGGCUGUUUCCUCCCUCUUUCUUUUGGCUAUAUUAUCAACAAUGCAGAGGCUUUUUGGGUGGCCAACUGCUACUAAUCGGGUGAACGUCGUAUAAACGGAGGAAGAUAAACAGGAUCGACGGAAAACUGGUCGGGAACGGAUAGUUGAAAGGAAUCGGCGGCUAGGGUUUUACUCCAAAUCAGCAAAAGCCAUCCUGUUUGUAUUGACAUGUUUUAAGCUCUGAAGGCUUUGGCGGUUGAGUCUUUAGGAGGCAUUGUUUGUUGACCUCAAUAAGUGUUUAAUUUACCGUAUACAAGUUUAAGUGUCUCGAAUGACACCUCUUUCCAGCCAACAAAGCUAAGGCAAUAUAUUUCCAUUGAAGAGGGACCCAAAUUUGUUUGUCUGGAAUUUUGCAGGGUCAGGGACAUUGUCACUCAAUUGAGGCUUACUUCCUUGGCUAGUAGAUUUAGUGUCUGAUUUCCCUUCAGCUAAUCUGUUGAGAGUCCCUCAGAACCCCUCAAUGGCUCGAGCCCUUCGUUUGAAGGGCUCAUGGCCCCUUUCUACCACACUUCAUGCAAGAAUGAAAUUGGAUCCUUAUUGUUCAGGUGUGGUUGGGUUGUUUUGUGAAUGAUCUAAAAUACUGAUAUAGUCAACCUUGUGACUUUAUGUUUUCAUUAAAGAUUUACUGUAAUGAAUACAGGCAUUAACUAUAUGGUUAAUAAAGUUGACUAAUUGAAUUAUUAUAUUAAUAUACUAAUAUAAGUGGGAUGAUGAUUGACACCAUUUUUCAGCAUUUGCACUUCAUUUUUACUUUUUUUUAUAAUUGAAAUAAUAAAUUAUAUUUGCUUAGAAUUUAAUAAUUCACAACUAAAAAGAGAUAGCUUUGUAAUUGGAGACUUGAGAGUCUUUGAAUUUCAUGUUUAAAGUUGCGAUUGGAUCCAUUCAUUAAAAAGAAUCGAUUUAAUACAUUUCUUAUGUACCCAUAGAUGCUAUAUUGGAUUUGAAUCAGAUUUCGGAUCAAUCUAUAUUGAUUGACUGCCUCCAUUAUGUUGUUACUUGCAAGUACCACUAUUUUUGGUUUUGGAUCUUCCAAAUCAUCCCUGCAGGAGAUCCAGACCCAUUUUUGUUUUCUGAUACUUCGAUAAAAAGAUUCAUUUUUCUUCAUAAAAAAAUAGGAGGUAGAACCAAUAAAGUUUUCUUUUUAGAUUCAUCCCUGGAGUUGAAUACCUCAUUCAAGAAUUGUUUUUGAUGUCCCUUCUCUAUUAUUGGUGUCAUAUCUGUGAAUCCGGAUCCCCUCCAACGGAAGGGAUCUUGUGCCUUGGUCAUGUGCAUUGUCUAGAUUGCUGGUGCAAUGCACUAUAUAAAAGCUGUUGUCGUAGUGCAUAAGCAAUGUGAGUUGUUUCAUGAUCGAUCUAAUGACAAAACGGCACAAGAUGAAAUGACAUAAUAGAGGAUCAGGUUCCGUAUAUGUGGUUGCUGGUUUAUUAAUAGUUUGCUACAAAGAUUGAAUUUAUUGGCACUUCAAAUUUUUGUGAUCCUACUAUUACUCAAAUACUAUACAUACAAAGGGCCCCAUUUGUUACUAACUCCGUUACUUGUCUAUUCAUUCAUACAUGCCAAACAUAAACAGACCUGACCCCUCUACAGUCACCUCCACUAGCGUGGAAAAUACAACAAUGGGGAAUCAUAAUCCACGCCCCUUUUAUCAUCAAUCACUCAUAUUUAUUGCCAUUACAUAAAAUUUUAUAACUAAAGUUUAUUCAUACUCUCUCUUUCUCUAAUUAUUUUGGUCCUUGAGAUGAGCUCCACGGCCACCGUUGGCCUUACCAUAGAGAGAGAGGUGGACACCAGGAUCACGGUGAGUGAAAGAACUGUCCAAGAGAAUGGAAUUGUUCACACCCUGCACGUUGCUGUUUAUGAAUGCAGUCUUCAAUGGCCACACCAGUUUGUCAGGAGGAAGGACCAGAGGAGAUGUUGGGUUUCUAGAAACAGGCUCCAUCUUGGGGGAUAGAGGUGAGGUUUUUGCCAAAGGGCUGAUGAUUUUUGGGGAGGAUGUUGGUGUGGCAGCACGAGCAUUGACAGUGGUGGUGGCGGCAGCAGCAGAGAUAGAAGAAGGUGGUGCCGGUGGUGACAUUACUUUGUGGGCUGGAGAAGUGGGCAAUGAAGAAGCUGAAAGUACUUUUUUGUUGGGAGAUGGUGGUGUUGAAGAGGAGGAUGCAACUGGAGGAACAACUGGGGAUUUUGGUGAUGGUUUUGGUGCUGGAGACGUUGGCAAAGAAGAUGAAGAAGCGGAAACUUUGAUGAUUGGAGAUGACGGGACAGAAGUGGUGGCAGGAGGUGGUGCAGCAACAGGAGAAGGUUGUGGUGAUGGCAAAGCAAUGGCAGCUGGAGGUGCAGCAGCUACAGGUGGUGCUGGAGGUUGGGCAGGUGCCUGAGGCUGAGCUACUGGGGGCGGCCUAAGUGUGGGUCGGACAAAUGGUGGCCUUGGCUGGCGAGCAGGUGGUUGAGCCUGCGCUAAAGGUGCUGGGGCUGGGGCUGUGGGGCGAUUCAUAGAAGCUGAUCGGAACCAUGGACGAGC